AUGACGUCGUCCGGCGGCGCGGAUUACGGCGCGUCAGGCGGCGGCGGAAGCUGGGUAGCGCUCCUCCGCGCGCUUCUCGCGCAGGAGGAGGUAUUAUUCGGCCUCUUAAUCGCCGGCAGCGCGACGCAGGCCUGGUGGCAGCUCUACGGCGUGUCGCGCUCGCUCAAGGCGCUCAAAUCCGCGCGCGAAACGACCAUCGCGGAACUCAACGGGAUUCCGCCGGCGGGCGGCGGAGGCGGAGCUUCGGAGUUUCCCCGCGCGGCCGGGGGAAAGGCUGGCGGAAGCGGCGGGUGGCGGCGGUGGUUCAGGCGCGCGCCGGAGCAGGCCAGCGGGACAGGCGGGGGGGGAUUUGACGGGGCGGGGAAAGGGUCUGGGGCGGUGGGGGGAGGGCAGGGGUCAGGGAUAGAGUUGGGCUCUCCUCCAGCUGCUGGAGCUGGGCCAGGCUGCUCUCCGCUGCUUCCAGUGCAUGGCGCCAAGCAGCCAUGCGCUGUGGUGGAGCGGUCAGAUGUGAUGCUAUACUCGGAGCUGCACCCGCUGCUGGGCUGGGUCGUUAAGUCAGAACAGGUUAACCUUGUCAGACAAUCUGUCCCUUUCUCUCUAGCAGAUACCUCACACCUGUCAGCGCCACGUGUCGACAUCUCAUUGGUGGGCGCCACACAGCCACUGCCACUGCACACCGUCUACAGUCACAUGCAAAAGGCCGACCCGUCAUGGGGCGCCACCGCCCUGCACGUGCUUAUAGGGAAGCGCCUGCCGGUGGGCCUGCGGACGGACGAGAGGGUGCUGCCAAUCAAUCACGAGCUGACAGCUGUCGGCCAUGUGAGGCGAGGAUCCGACGGUCGGCCUGCCAUCUUCGCUUCGCCCAAGUUCCCCUUCUUCCUCUUCCCAGAGUCCAAGGCGGGCAUGAUGCAGAAGCUCAACCAGCGGUGGGGGUCGCUGCUUGGAUGGGGAGUGCUGCUGUCUGCUGCCGCUGCAGGCGUCAUCGGCCUUGCUGUGUGGAA